CCACUGUGCGUUGUCUUUAGGCGGCGGCUAGAGGACACGGGCAAGAUGGCGGCGCUGUCGGCCCUGGUGCGGAGAUCCGUACAGCAGGUUUCGGGGCUGCUGAAGAGGCGCUUUCACCGGACCGCGCCCGCGACGCUGCAGGUGACAGUUCGUGAUGCUAUAAAUCAAGGUAUGGAUGAGGAGCUGGAGAGAGAUGAGAGGGUAUUUCUGCUUGGGGAAGAAGUGGCCCAAUACGAUGGGGCGUACAAGGUUAGCCGAGGCCUGUGGAAGAAGUACGGAGACAAGAGGAUCAUAGACACGCCCAUAUCCGAGAUGGGCUUUGCUGGAAUUGCUGUGGGUGCAGCUAUGGCUGGCUUGCGGCCCAUUUGUGAAUUUAUGACCUUCAAUUUCUCUAUGCAAGCCAUUGACCAGGUUAUAAAUUCGGCUGCCAAGACCUACUACAUGUCGGCGGGCCUCCAGCCCGUGCCCAUCGUCUUCAGGGGGCCCAACGGCGCCUCGGCAGGUGUAGCUGCCCAGCACUCACAGUGCUUUGCUGCCUGGUAUGGGCACUGCCCUGGCUUGAAGGUGGUCAGCCCCUGGAAUUCAGAGGAUGCUAAAGGACUUAUUAAGUCAGCCAUCCGGGAUAACAACCCAGUGGUGGUACUAGAGAAUGAACUGAUGUACGGAGUUCCUUUUGAAUUUCCUGCAGAAGCUCAGUCGAAAGAUUUUCUGGUUCCUAUUGGAAAAGCCAAAAUAGAAAGGCAAGGGACCCAUAUAACUGUGGUUUCCCAUUCAAGACCUGUGGGCCAUUGCUUAGAAGCUGCAGCAGUGCUGUCUAAAGAAGGAGUUGAAUGUGAAGUGAUAAAUCUGCGUACCAUUAGGCCAAUGGACAUUGAAACCAUAGAAGCCAGUGUCAUGAAGACGAACCAUCUCGUGACUGUGGAAGGAGGUUGGCCACAGUUUGGAGUAGGAGCUGAAAUUUGUGCCAGGAUCAUGGAAGGCCCUGCGUUCAAUUUCCUUGAUGCUCCUGCUGUUCGUGUCACUGGUGCUGAUGUCCCUAUGCCUUAUGCAAAAAUUCUAGAAGAUAACUCUGUGCCUCAGGUCAAAGAUAUCAUAUUUGCAAUAAAGAAAACAUUAAAUAUCUAGUUCAGGCUGGAACAUCAAGUUAUUGAAAUUUACUUAAAAUGCUCGCUUGGACUUCUCCUGGAUUGGACUGCAAGAUCUUACUGCUCAUAAAGUAAUCUGUAAGACAACGAUAGAUAUUUUUAUACCAGUGAAAAGCUGAAGUGUGUUUGAGUGUUAAAUUCUGCGCUCCUGGACCAGACUCCAUACUUUGUCUGUUACAGUUGCCCUGUUCUUUGAAAUAAGACUGAUACAAAAGGACAGGAUCCUGAUGAAAGACACAGCCAGAUGAUAACUUAUAUGUAUAAAAGACAUUGUAUAAACUUAACUGUGUUUUGAUAAAUAAAGGAAUUCAUGACUAACUUUUAUAUUCAUGAAA